AUGCCUAAAUUCUCGGGCAAACAUACCGAUUGGCCGAGUUUCAAUGAUUCAUUUACUCGUUUAGUGCAUCAAAACCUCGCAUUGGAUACAAUUCAGAAAUUAAAUUAUUUAAAACAAGCAUUGCCACCGAAUCACGAUAGAGACAUUCAUGAGAUGCCGUUAACCGAAGCUUCCAAUCGCGCCGCAUGGGAUUUGCUCGUUAAACGGUACAACAGUCCACGAAUUCUGUACAUGCACCAUUUGAACACACUCUACGCAAAUGUGUGCAUAACGGCAUUUCGACGUCUGAAUAUUCCAAUCGAUGACUGUGACCAUUGGAUUGCCCAUUUGAUCGCGACCAAAUUGCCGACUGAAACUCAUCACGAUUGGGAGCAUCAUUGGGGCAGCCACAGUGAAAUUCCAACAUUUUCUGACCUUGAAAAAUUUCUUAAUGACCGUUUAUUCACUUUAGAUGCAAUUGAGAGCCGAGGUACCGUACACUCGGUGUCGAUGAUGAAACCCGUGCAUGACUCACACAAAGUCUCGAAUACACAUGCGAAUGACUCGAAACAAAUGAAACGAAACAAGAAUUUUGAACGGAAAUCGUUUCACACAACCACGGCUCGCAACUCAAACACCAAUGGAAACAGUAAUCCGACGGAGAAUUGUCCAGUGUGUAACGGCACUCACGUUGUUCGCCGUUGUCCAACAUUCAUCGCAAAGGAAUGCUUCGAAAGAAAGGCACUCGCUGAUCGUCUAAAGCUUUGCCUCAAUUGUUUGAGUCGCCAACACCUAAUUGCACAAUGCGGUAGCGCCAAGAACUGUCUUCAAUGCGGCCUACGGCAUCACACAAUGCUGCAUUUUCCCGUUACUUCAUCGAAUAGCGCUGCGAGUUCAACGAAUAACGCCGCGAGUUUCACAAAUACCGCCGUUCCAGGGAGACCAGCACCAAAUCAGGCGAGUAACUCAUUUUCAAAUCCUGAAAUGCGAACACUCGCAACAAAUGUUUUUUCGACCAUUCAUGCUCCAAAAUCUGUCUUGCUCGCGACAGCUCUCAUCCCAGUGGAAAACGUGAAAACCGGUAAAGUCACCGUUUUACGUGCACUCAUCGACGACUGUUCAGAAGGCACGAUUAUAUCUGAGCAUGCCACCAACGUUUUGGGUCUUCGACGCACAUUUGCCAUCACCGAAGUCAACGGCGUAGGCCAAAACCAUGCUGGAACUAGCAACGAAAUAGUUCAAUUUGCAUUGCGAUCCAAUGUGCAUCGAGAUUAUCGAGUGUUUGUCGACUUAGCCAUCGUAAUGAAAGUCGUCACAUCUGAUUUGCCAAGCCGACGGGUUACGCCCCAAGAUUGGCCACACAUUCAUGGAUUAGUGUUAGCUGAUCCAACUUACUUCGAACCAGGAAAAAUUGAUCUGCUCAUCGGCUCAGAAUGGUCUGCAUCGAUCAUGUUACCAGACACACGCAUCGGUCAACCAAAUCACCCAAUCGCUCGAAAUACAUACUUUGGGUGGAUUUUGCAUGGCCAGACAGCAUCAAUUUCCAAACCAAAUUCAGCUAACAAUCAAAAGGUCACCAUACGGACUCAUCACACGUCCAUCGACCUCACCUCACUAUUUCACGACUUCAUCGAAGCUGAAAGAAUACCGCAAGAGAAAUCGCAUACCGAAGAGGAAAAAUGGUUUAUGGAUUUCUUCAAACAAACGCAUCAUCGUCAACCCAAUGGAAAAUACAUGGUGCGUCUUCCAUUCAAAUCAUACAAUUUAGGGCGCUCACAUCAAAUUGGCGUGAAUUGGUUUCAUCGUUUGGAAUGCCGUUUCAAUCGCGUGGAAGGUUUGCGAGAGCGCUACGAAGCAGGUAUCAAUGAAUAUUUUCAACUUAAUCAAAUUAUACCUGCUCCAUUCCCAGAACAAGCAUACGUCACUCACGACGACAAUGGAAAUGUAAUUGUUCGAGCGUGCGUUUUACCACACCACGCUAUCAUCAAAGAAGACAGUCUCACCACGAAGACUCGAAUCGUUUUCAAUGCAUCGGCAAAAACGUCCAACGGUCGCUCCUUGAACGAAAACUUAUGCAUCGGUCCUGCACUGCAAAACGAAUUGCCCGCUGUAAUUCUCAACUGGAGAUUGUACGAAUUUGUUUUCACCGCAGACAUUCAGCGCAUGUAUCGCUGCAUUGAUAUGCAUCCUGACGAUGUACCAUAUCAACAAAUUUUAUGGAGAAACGAUUCGGGUGAGUUGCAAACAUUUUGCCUAACAACCGUAACAUUUGGAACAGCACCAGCCCCUGCGAUUGCUAUCUCGGUGAUGCACCAGAUUGCCAAUGAUGAGAAGGAGCAUUUUCCGCUCGCCGAAUCGAUUCUAAAGCAAGAAAUGUACGUCGACGAUGUACAAUCUGGCGGGCAUUCGAUCGAAAGUGCCUUAGCUAAACGAGAUGAUUUAAUCGGUGCACUCAAAUCAGCGGGUAUGGAGCUGCGGAAAUGGGGCAGCAACCAUCCAUCGUUAUUAUCAUCGAUUCCAAUUGAACAUCAAUCCAUAAAUUCAGCGUUAGAGUUCAACACGGACGAAACCGUCAAAACGCUCGGAAUGAUUUGGCAACCUGGCGCCGAUCAAUUCAAAUACAAACUCCGAUUUGAACCAGCAAAAAUUGCGACGAAACGAGCUGUUUUGUCAACAACUGCUCGCCUCUACGAUCCGUUGGGCUACAUCGCACCGGUUGUGGUCGUUGCAAAAAUCAUUCUCAAACGCAUCUAG